AUGCUGGACUUGGAGCCAGAAAAUACGGUAUUCUUCCUCCGGAAUCUUGGAACCCACUCGACAUUCUUUUCGCGCAUGCUAGAACACGACUGGAAGGUAAGCGAUGGUCCUGAGACAUCAAUAUCUGGUAGCUGGGAGGGUGUUGUUGAGCUCAAAGACGACGACCCCCAAGCAAUCAAAGCAAUGCUCAGCUUCAUGUACAAAUUCGAUUACACCAAUCCAGCCACCAGCGCUGCUUCCUUCGUUUUUGAUGCCCAAGUUUUCGCGGUUGCUGAGAAAUAUGACGUAGAAGGGCUUAAAUUCUGCGUGAAAGAUAAAUUUCACGCAAGCAUUCUUUCUGACUGGAAAGACGAGGACUACCCUGAUGUCAUUAGGGGUGUUUAUGACAUCCCAACUACUGAUCCGGCUCUUCGGGAUACACUGGUGCAAGUGACUUGUUCCAAUAUCAAUAAUCUUAUUCAAAAGGAUGGGUUCAAGUCGGCGCUGAAUGACGUUCCUGGAUUCGCAGUCCAGCUUAUUACACGGCUCGUAGCUAAUAAUUCUACUGUUGCAAGGAACCUGAUGGGACUAUGA